AAUUACGUUUUUGUCCUUGACAUUGAACCAGUGAGCGACUGACAGCGUGCAGUGAGCAACUUCGACGCGUUUCCCGUGCGAUUUAAAUCGCGCAGUCUGAUCUGUGUGACGUGAACAACGUUUUGUGCAAUUUUUAGUAAUAAAUUCAUAUAUUGAAUACUUGUUGACGACAUGCGUUUUUAUAUUACGAGAGAGCCGCCUUCAACCCGCUGCAAAAGCUGCUUCUCCCUAAUCACAGCCCUCCUCGCGUUAAGCCUGUCGACGCGCCCCGUGGCCUGUAGGCGAGUCACUGCCGCACCUGUCGUUGUGGCGGAUAACGACGAAAUGAUGGAAUAUGCUCCACAAUUUGAACAUCCUGAAUAUGCAUUUAGCUAUGGAGUCAAAGAUCUACACACAGGCGAUGUGAAAUCACAAUGGGAGUCCCGGGAUGGCGACGGUGUCAAGGGUCAUUAUAGCGUACUCGAGCCAGAUGGCUCCAUACGCACAGUGCACUAUACAGCAGAUGCCAAGAAGGGUUUCAAUGCCAUCGUGAAAACGGUGGGUGCCAAUUCGCAUCCAAUCACAGAGACACCCGAGGGCGAGAAAAGUGCAAACGAUGAUACAUCGCAGUCGAAAAUCAAUCACUAUAGUAAAGAUCAGGAGCACAUUGUGCUCAGUUCCGAUAUAAAGCCGCUGAAGAAGCCUAUAGAGGAUCUGACACAUUCGCAUCCCAAGAUACCCAGCCUGAUUGAAUUCAAGCCGCAUGCCCGUAUUAAGCAGGUGCCCAUGGAGUUGGAACCAGACAUCAGGAAACGGCUGCAGCAAGCGAGAGACAACUAUUACAAAGAGAUUGCAGCAGUCCAAAAGCUGGAGGAGUACUCGCAAAAGAUGCAGCCCAGCUACGCCGUGCAGGAGAGCGACUGGAAGGCGGUGAUUGUCAACGAGCCAAACGAGUAUCGUCCUCACUACAGCACAAGUCAUCCGCAUCAACACCCCUACUAUGAUCACUACAAGCCGAAGGAAUUGCCAGCAAACUAUUUGCAGCAGCCAGCAGUGCCCCUGCAAGCACUCCACACGAACUACGCAUCCUCUAAACAGCGACCCCUCAAAAAUCCGGAGCCUAUCUCCAAUCACAUACACCAGAAGAAGGCUGUGAACAUCACUCCCGGACUGAAGCACUUCAAGUACAAGGGUGUUCCCAAGAGCUUUGCCCGUCCAGAUUACGCCAGCUACUUCCAACGUAAGCCAAAGAAGCUGCACGAGAAGCCCUGGACAAUCAAUCAGCGGUAUCCCCGGCCCGAGGGGACUGGCCCCGUACUCUUCUCAGACCAACAACUGGAAGACGAUGACUUCGAGGAGACCCCAGACGAUGAGCAAGGAGUUGCCUCCGCCCGCCUAGUCCAAUCCAUGGUGCGGCGAGACAAACAACACAUGGUGCCCUUGUAUGCCAGGGCUCAUAAGUUUACAGUGGGCAACUAUAGGAAUUUGCAGGGAGUGUGAGGGAUGAUGGUGCCUAAUAUUGUUAGGGAGAUUUUUGUAAGCUGUUUCCUGUUUAUGUUUGUUAAUUUUAUUGUAUUUAUUCGUAAUUUACUGCAAUUGUUUAUUUAUCAUCAUUUUUUUUUUAAUUUUGCAUAAAUAUAUUUCUUCAGAUUAUCACUUUUAGUAUACAUUGAGAGAACAAUUAUUUAAAUGACCUGACAUAAAUUCUAGAGGUUUUAAUAACCUUUUAAUUGCAUACACUUAUUUAUAAUGGUGCUCAUAUUAUUUAUACCAACCUAUAUUUAGUUAUCUUUCUUAGUGGUAAUGUUAUAGUCGAGAGUACUUGACUUUAAGACACUCUGUUCCUAGAGUAAACUUUUUUCCAAUAAAGAGUAGCUAGUGGCGCUGUUGAUUAUUCUAAAA